GAUUACUGUUCUCUCUGCCCCUCAGUGAUCAAUCUGCCUCGCUGGAACGACUCCUUCAUAACUACAAGAGGAGCAGGUACCUGCUGUAGAGAGAGAAGCAUUAUCUUCUGUGGCGUGUCUGUGAUCCUCUGCAGCCAUGUGUGAUCAGACCUUCAUGGCGGCCACUUUUGGCCCAUGCGACAGCUGCAGCAAGGCGAGUCCUCUGAUGAACAUCUACAUCAAGAGCGAAGCCAUCAACUACUGCUCCUUCUGCGUGGAAAUGAUGGCUUGUCAGGGGCUCCAGAAAGGGGAGACCCUGGCAUCUCUGAAGAAGGAGAGCGAGAGUCUGAAGAAGAAGCUGGAGGAGGAGCGGGGCAAGCUGAACGAUGAGCAUGGGGUGACCCUGCCAUGUACCUGGGUCAUGGCAUGUGCAUACGCUCCCUCAGGUUGUGCUGUGGCGUGUGGGGGCUUGGAUAACAAGUGCUCAGUGGUCCCGCUGUCGUUAGACAGAAAUGAAAAUUUGGCUGCAAAGAAGAAGCCGGUUGCCAUGCACACCAACUAUGUAUCUGGAUGCUCCUUCACCAACUCAGACAUGCAGCUGCUGACCUCCAGUGGAGAUGGCACGUGUGCCCUGUGGGACGUGGAGAGCGGGCAGCUGCUGCAGAGUUUCCACGGUCACACAGCGGAUGUUUUGUCGCUGGAUCUUGCUCCGUCUGAGACUGGAAACACCUUUGUAUCUGGGGGCUGUGAUAUGAAGGCCAAUGUAUGGGAUAUGCGCUCAGGACAGAACAUCCAGUCUUUUGAAAGCCACGAGUCUGAUAUCAACUGUGUGAAGUACUACCCCAGUGGCGACGCUUUUGCCUCAGCUUCAGAUGACGCCACGUGCCGGUUCUAUGACCUACGAGCUGACCGUGAAGUGGCCGUCUAUCAGAAGGACAGCAUCAUAUUUGGCGCCUCCUCUGUGGACUUUUCUCUAAGUGGUCGCCUGCUCUUUGCUGGGUACAACGACUACACCAUCAAUGUCUGGGACGUCCUGAAGGGAAAUCGUGUUUCCAUCCUCUUUGGCCAUGAAAACCGUAUCAGCAGAGUCCGAGUAUCACCCGACGGCACGGCGCUCUGCUCGGCCUCCUGGGACAACAGCCUAAGGAUUUGGGCCUAAAGAUGCUCAAAUGGUUCAGUUCAAGAUGGAGAUCAGCACUCCUGCCUGAUGUCAACAGUCCUGCUUAAAUGAUUGAAUGCUAAACUUCAGCUUCCCUCAAAGAUUCAACCUCUUCUACAUGUGAACAUGUAACAAACAAAGCUUGCUUAAACCUCUUCAUUGUUAGUUUCAGUCUUAAACACACCGGGCUUCAUAAAUCUAAUCAUUGGAUCCAUCUUCCAAUCAGCUUUGAGCGUUUUUUCUACUGCUGAGAAAGAAGAAUGAUGCAGCCACCACCGUGUUUGACUGUGAGGGCAUACAGGUUGACUAGUUCUCUUUUGGCCUCAUCUAAACAGAUGUUUGCUGUGCUCUAAAUAGUUUUUAACAAACUUUUAAGUAACUUUUUAUAGCUUUUGGAUUUAUGUUUAUCACCUCUCUAUAAAUGACAGAUUUUUAUUUUUUGACUGCACCCUUAGUUGUCCUUUCAACAGAUUUGUCCAGCGAAUCAUAGAGGUGGACUCUUUCUCUACUAAUGAUUUCUAAAUGAUUGAUUUCUAAAUGGAACUAAUUUUCUAACAGGGGUGUAUAUUACAGAUAAUACAUAUACACACCACACAGACUUUAAACUAUCCUUUUUCUUUAACUUGAGGGUUAUGCAUUCAUUCUACAUUAAUGGCUGCCAAUGAAAAGUGACAAAAAUAUGAAAAUAUUAGGAAAUCUUUUCUUUCAAAAGGCACUGUACCCCACAUCAUUCCUUUUUUAAGUGUUUUAUUAUCUAUAGAGAUAUUAUUUAUUACCUACUGUAAUGGCACAGUGAUGGUGAUAUUGUCCUUCUUAGAAAUCACAAUAAAUAACAAUAAAACGAAUGCUGCAAAGCAUUAAAACAGUACUAAAAAUAUGUAAGAAUAAUAUGUUGUUUUAUUAUUAUUCAGUGGACGAUAAACCUAGAACUAUGGUUGGGUUCAUGCGUCUUCUAUCAGAGGGUCGGGAAGCGCUGCUCUAUCUGAUGCACCUUAUGGCUAAAAUGAAGAUAUAUAGAAAUUAACCAUCAUAGUGUUUUUAUUUAAUCAUCACUGAUUUUCCUGUGAUAAAAUAAAACCAACUGUGGAUUAUUCCUUGUUUCUGUGUUCAGUAUUUAUUCAGUCUUGCUAUCUGUUUGCUUUCUGUCUGCUACU